AUGGGUGAAUAUGUGCCUAAUGUGUCGAAUGGAGUCGAUACAUAUAGUGUUAGGGAGCCAAUUGGUGUUUGUCCCUUCAACUUCCCAGCUAUGAUUCCUUUAUGGAUGUUUCCCGUUGCUGUGACAUGUGGUAAUACCUUUGUUCUGAAGCCAUCAGAGAAGGAUCCUGGUGCUUCUGUAAUGCUUGCUGAGUUGGCAAUGGAAGCUGGAUUGACCUGA